CCCUCCCCCAUCCUCUUUCCCCAUUUGAAGCGUUUUACUGUGUGGUUUUAGGUGCAUGUACACUCGGUACAUGUAGGAACAUGGCGAAACCUCGCAAGCAAAAGAAUGAAGAACAGAAAGCUGAGAAUUCGGAAGCUGUGGUAAAACAUCAGAAACUAUGCCUCUCAAUAGACAUCGAGAAACGUCGAAUCUACGGGUAUACCGAGCUUGAAGUAGUUGUACCAGAGAAUGGUAUUGUAGGUUUACAUGCUGAUAAUUUGAUGAUCGAGAAUGUGCUGGUGGAUGGAGGCCCAGCAAGGUUUGAAAUAUUUCCUCACUACCAGCAAAUGGACAGUGAUGACAGAUGGUGUUCCGUUUCUUCAGCUAACUCUGCUGCUGAUGCUGCGGGUUCAGUUUAUGUUUCAUGUCUUGAAAGAGAAUUAGUCCCUAAUUUGUUGAUUAUGUGCUCUAAUGAGGUUGUCAAACCAGUACCAGAGCAGCCAGAACAGAUUGUGCAUGAGAAUGGGACACAAACAGAAACACAAACAGAAACAGAAACACAAACACAAACACAAACAUCUGGUGAAUCCAAGCAGAAUAUAAGGCGUGCCCGGUGUUGGUUCCCUUGUAUGGAUGAUAGUUCACAGCGUUGCUGCUUUGACUUGGAGUUCACAGUGGCUAACAACCUAGUUGCUGUUAGCACUGGAACCUUGAUGUAUCAGGUUUUAAGCAAGGAUGAUCCACCACGAAAAACAUAUGUCUAUAAAAUAAAUAUACCUGUGGCAGCUCAAUGGAUAUCUCUGGCUGUUGCUCCAUUUGAAAUCUUUCCUGAUCGCCAUAAUAAUCUUAUCACACACAUUUGUUUGCCAGCUCACUUGUCAAAGCUUCGGAACACAGUAGGAUUUCUCCAUAGUGCAUACAGCCAUUAUGAACAUUACCUUUCCACCAAAUUUCCAUUUGGGUCGUACACACAAGUUUUUAUAGAUCCAGAGAUGGCAGUAUCUUCAUUAAGCUUGGGUGCAUCAAUGAGUAUCUUCAGCUCACAAAUUCUUUAUGAAGAGAAGAUCAUAGAUCAGACAAUAGAUACAAGAAUAAAACUUGCAUAUGGGCUUGCAAGGCAAUGGUUUGGAGUGUAUAUCACUGCAGAAGCACCAAAUGAUGAAUGGUUAUUAGAUGGGCUUGCAGGGUUCUUGACAGACUCAUAUAUUAAGCAAUUUCUUGGAAACAAUGAAGCACGGUAUAGACGCUAUAAGGCAAAUUGUGCUGUCUGCAAAGCAGAUGAUAGUGCUGCAACUGCUUUAAGUUCCUCUGAUGCUUCCAAAGCUUUGUAUGGAACACAAUGCAUUGGUUUUUAUGGAAAAAUUCGCGCCUGGAAAUCUGUUGCAGUUCUCCAAAUGUUAGAAAAACAGAUGGGGCCGGAGUCAUUUUGUAAAGUAUUGAAGAAUCUGGUUGCACCUCCUAAAGAUACAAGUCGUCCUUUGAGAAGUCUGAGCACAAAAGAGUUUCGGCACCUGGCUAACGAAGUUGGAAAUCUUGAACGUCCAUUUCUGAGAGAAUUUUUCCCCCGUUGGGUGGGUUCCAGCGGUUGUCCUGUUCUAAAGAUGGGGUUUUCAUAUAACAAAAGGAAAAACCUGGUGGAAUUAGCAGCAUUGCGUGGAUGCACAUCAACACCAGAGUCGAGUAAUUCAAAAGCCGAGUCUGUGAAGCGAGAAGGUGAUGUUGGAUGGCCUGGAAUGAUGAGUAUACGCGUCCAUGAACUUGAUGGAAUGUAUGAUCAUCCAGUUUUACCAAUGGCAGGAGAAACAUGGCAGUUAUUGGAAAUACAAUGCCAUUCCAAACUUGCUUCCAAACGUUUCCAAAAACCUAAAAGAGGUUCAAAGCAGCAUGAUGGUUCUGAUGAUAAUGUGGAUACAGUUGCCUCUGCUGCAGAUAUGCGUUCAAACAGCAAUGAUUCCCCCUUGCAAUGGCUGAGGGCAGAUCCUGAAAUGGAGUAUCUUGCUGAGAUUCAUUUCAAUCAACCUGUACAGAUGUGGAUAAAUCAAUUGGAGAAGGAUAAAGAUGUUGUGGCUCAAGCACAAUCAAUCACAGCACUAGAGUUGUUCCCUCGCCUUCUUUCAAUUGUCAAUGCUUUAAGUAAUCUUCUCUGUGAUUCUCAGGCCUUUUGGCGUGUCCGGAUUGAGGCGGCUUUUGCUUUAGCUAGCACAGCAUCUGAGGAAACUGAUUGGGCUGGUUUACUGCAUCUAAUUAAAUUUUAUAAAAGUCGAAGAUAUGAUGAGAAAAUUGGACUCCCAAAGCCAAAUGACUUUCAUGAUUUUGCAGAGUAUUUUGUACUCGAGGCUAUUCCACAUGCUGUAGCUUUGGUUAGAGCAGCAGAUAAGAAGAGCCCUCGUGAAGCUGUUGAUUUCAUUUUACAACUUUUAAAAUACAAUGAGAACAAUGGGAAUCCGUAUUCCGAUGUUUUCUGGCUUGCUGCGUUAGUCCAAUCAGUCGGUGAACUUGAAUUUGGACAGCAGAGUGUUUCUUCUCUAUCAUCUCUUGUAAAACGCAUUGACCGGCUAUUGCAGUUUGACAGGCUGAUGCCGAGCUACAAUGGAAUCUUGACAGUUAGCUGCAUUCGAGCGCUUACACAAAUCACAUUAAAGCUUUCAGAAUUCAUCCCUCUUGGUAGUAUCAUCGACUUGAUUAAACCCUUCUGCUCUCAUAAAACACAAUGGCAAGUCCGGAUUGAAGCAUUCCGUGCACUUCUUGACCUCGAGUAUCACCUCAAAGGAAUCGAUGCAGCAUUGACUUUAUUCAUUAGAUAUUUAGACGGGGAGCCUUCACUAAGAGGACAAGUAAAGCUAGCAAUACAUGCUAUGCGGUUGUGCCAGAUCAGCGGUGAUUCCGAUUCCGAUGACGACCACGGAGUCGUCCGUGACACCCUCGUGGCAUUACUCCGUCUUCUUGAGAGUCCAUCAGCAUUCAAUAACGUGACACUCCGCCAUUACCUAUUCUGCAUCUUACAAGUCCUCGCUGGAAGACCACCAACACUUUGUGGAGUUCCAAGAGACGAAACGUUAAUCAAAGGCCACACGGAAAUUUGCAACGAACUCAAAAACUUCUUUGCUGCCAUUGUUAAUCAAUCCAAGCCUCCUCCGGAACAUUCUUUAGAUACUCUUACACCUCCUGAUGACGGUUUCGUUUCCGUACCCGAAACAACCGCCGAACCAAUUCCCGAUAACGAUGGAAUCCCGCCACCGGAAUUCGCAAUUCCGGAUCCACCAAAAGAAGAGAAGUACAAUUCCCUCGUUGCUGAAAACGUGGUAAUUCUUGAUUCUUCUGAACCUGUUAAAGAACCAGAUACGGUUUCAAACAGUCAAGAAAGAAAGAAACCGGUGCUAAAAAUCAAAAUGAAGCAAUCUUCGGCUUCCAGUAGAGCCGAAGAAACCGAUAAUGUUCUUCCGGAGAGAUCUCAAGGCGGCCAUAAUGGCGGUGAUCUUGGGACGAGUAGCUCUGUGUCCGUGUCGGUUGAAGCACCACCGCCACAACAAACACAACGAAACUCCAACGAGGGUACAAAUGUAAUUAACCAAAACCUUGAGGACGUUAAUUCGUGCCAUGAUGUCGGGUCGCGUGUCACCGCCAGUAUCGGUAGUGCAAAACUAGCGGUUGAUGGUGAUGGUGAGGGUGAUGCGCUUUUGAAAGAACUACAGUGUACGGCUGAUUCGAGUAAAGUUCAAUUGAAUGAUGUGGAUAUGGACAUUGAAAUGGAGAAGGAAAAUCCUAGUAAAUUUAUUAGUCUUCGAGUGCUGAAUGAAACCGAUGAUGUGUCGUUGAUGGGACCCGUUUCGGGUAGUAAAGACAAGAAGGAGAAGAAAAAGAAAGAUAAGGAAAAGGAAAAGGAAAAGAAAAGAAAAAAGAAAGAUCAUAAAGAUGACCCCGAGUAUUUGGAGAAGAAGAGAUUGAAGAAAGAAAAGAAAAGAAAGGAGAAAGAAUUGGCUAAAUUGAUGGUUAUUACGUCUUCUUCGAUAGAGCUGAAAAAUAAAGAAAAAGUUAGAGGAGAGGAGGUGGGGCCCGUGGGACAGUUGACAAAUGUCGCGACCUCAUUGGGGGAUGCGGGGAAGCGGAUUGAAAAAACGGGAGGUACGACUUCGACGCAUAAACUUAAAAUUAAAAUUAAAAACCGAACAUUGAGUAGACCUUGAGUAAGUAGUGGUAGUAGAUGUAUUCUUUGUAGAAUUGAAGUGUUGUUUUGUAGGAGUGUAUACCAUGUUUAUUGAGAGGGAAAAAAAAGUGGAAAAGAACGGAAAAGUAAAGAAAGAGAUAGCAACAAGUCAUGUGUUUCUUCUCCAUUAUACUGUAUGUUGUAUUGUGUUUGGCACAUGAGACAAUAUUUGCAAUUUAUUGUCUCGUAUGCCAAAACAUGUUUG